AUGGCACAAAAGACUGAACUAGUGUCAUCAGCUAGGCAAUCAAUGGUUGGUACUCUCACUGCACCACCACAAGUAUCAACUAUUGCAUCCAAGAUUGCCCAAACUAGCACGACUUUGGCUCGGGUUUGGAGAGAGGUUCAAGGAUCAAACGACUGGGAAGAUCUAGUGGAGCCCUUGAACCCUCUUCUCCAGCAAGAGAUCGUCCGGUACGGGGAGUUUGUCACGGCGUGCUACAAGGCAUUCGACCUGGAACCCACCUCCAAACGUUACUUGAAUUGCAAGUAUGGGAAGAACAAUAUGCUGAGAGAAGUGGGUAUGGCCAAUUCGGGGUACGAAGUCACCAAGUACAUCUACGCCACUCCUGACAUCAAUAUUCCGAUCCAGAAUGUCGCAAACUGUAGCCGUUGGAUCGGGUAUGUUGCUGUAUCUUCGGACGAUGAGGUGAAAAGGCUUGGCCGGAGAGAUGUGCUCAUUACAUUCCGAGGUACAGUCACUAAUCAGGAAUGGAUCGCGAACCUAAUGAGCUCAUUGACACCGGCACGCCUUGAUCCUCAUAAUCCUCGGCCUGAAGUAAAAGUGGAAGCUGGGUUUCUGAGUCUGUACACUUCGGAUGAAAGCCAUUGCAAAUUCGGGCUUGGAAGCUGUCGUGAGCAGCUGCUUUCUGAAGUUUCUCGGCUACUCAACAAGUACAAAGGCGAGGAUUUGAGCAUAACGGUGGCCGGGCACAGCAUGGGAAGCUCACUAGGGCUCCUACUAGCUUAUGACAUUGCUGAGCUUGGAUUGAAUAGAGAUGAGUACUCGAAUCAAGAAAUUCCGGUUACAGUUUUCUCUUUUGGAGGCCCUAGAGUUGGGAACUCCGGCUUCAAAGAACGCUGCGAAGAGUUGGGAGUGAAAGUGUUGAGAAUAGUGAAUGUUAAUGACCCCAUCACAAAGUUACCUGGGGUUGUUUUCAAUGAGAAUUUUAGGGUUUUGGGUGGAAGAUACGAGUUCCCUUGGAGCUGCUCAUGUUAUGCUCAUGUUGGAAUUGAGCUAGCACUUGACUUCUUCAAGAUGCAAAAUCCUUCUUGUGUUCAUGAUUUGGAGACAUACAUCAAUUUACUCAAAUGUCCCAAGAGACUGCAGAUUCAGAAGGAAGGUGCAGAUUUUUUCAACAAAGCAAAACAGUUGUUUUGGAGUGCCCACAACUUGAACACGUUCCCAACAAUGUGGAAAAAUGCUUCCAAUUUGGUGAACUUAGUUCAGACUGAAAGGACAUGUUCUUAGACAUAAAGCAAAUUAGGUAUGAAUAUUGAACACCUCAGCCUGUAUAUCUUUUUUGACGGUGGAGGGGUUUAUCGAAUUAACAUAGAUAUAUCGAUGGAGCAGUGAAUUAAGUUUUCACUGUCAACAUAUAUGUUUUUAGCCUGUGUAAAGAGCAAGUCAUGAGGCUAAUCGUAUUAUGAAAAUUCAUGAUGUAUAUUACCUAAUUUGUUACUAAGCAAGCCAAGUGCUACUUCUGUCAAUUCGACCAUAUACCUUCACUUGAAUAUAUCUGCAUAUGCUAGCUAGCAAUUUGAAUCUCCUCUCUCAAUAUUGCAUAUUUCAAGCAUGAAUUCACAGAAGGUUUUCCCAGUUUUUUUUUUUUUUCUACAUUCACUUCAUUAUAUGCAUACUUCUGUAUUAAUUGAUUUAUAGAUA